AUGGAUCCCAUCAAUUUCAAUGGAGAGUGGAGUGCCUCUGAGAUCCAAAUAGUGAGAUCACUCAUCGCUAGGUACAAUGCCAACAAUAGUUAUGUUGGUGACAUGAACAAGAAGAACAAUGAUAUUGUUAAUGAAAUCCAAGCAAUGUUCCCCUUGAAGGCGAAGCAUCAGGUAAUCCGCUUGUAUGCUAAUCUUGUGGUGGAGAUGAUACAAAGCGGCACUGGCAACAACACCUACCACUUUGUAGAGGCAAGCGAGAACAUUAUGAACAACAACUAUGAAAUUCCAGUGAAGGAUUCAACUAUGAACAACACUAGGGUGGCACAAGAUGUCCCAUGUGGGCACCCCGCUCCUCAAAUGAAGAGUCCGCUCACCGAAUUUGGGACCAUGGAGAAGCACAGGAAUGAGGUGACCAGGGACGUUGUGGACCACAACUUUGAAAUUCCUAUUAAGGAUCCAACCAUGGACAACAUAAGGGCAGUACAUGAUGUUCCACGUAGUCAACCCGCUCCUCAGAAGAAGCUCACCGGGUUUUGGAACGAGGAGGAGCACAGGACUGUGGUGUAG